AUGAAGUCCAAGUCCGUGGUAUUCGCAUUGUCUUUGCUGUUGAGCCAGGGCUUGGCUGAAUAUCGCUACCCCCUUGUUGGAUCCCUUGGGGCUCUUCGCGUAUUCCACUACAACAAUCUUGGCCCGCAGAACAAUGGCACCUCGGCUAUUUUAGCACAUGAUCGCUCGAGCUAUGCCGAUGCCGCAGCAAAAUGCACUGCCAUUGGCGAGAAGCUCUUCCCGUUGUCUUCGAGCCAAGACACCAGUCAAAGUCGCACCGAACUCGAUUAUGAACUGGACUAUCUCAUCUUUACGAAGGAGUUACUAGCAAAUGACUCCUUGUGGCUAUCAAUAGAACAGGAAGAUCACCGGAAGUGUUUUGCUUUGUCGAUAUCCCAUCGCAAGAUCAUCCGAAAGUCGUGCAAAGAGAAGCUCCCAGCCCUCUGCACAUCUACUCCGCCCGCAACAACCGAUCUCGACCGAGCCGCAAGGGAAACCACGAAGCUGACUGUGACAUCUAACGAUUAUACCGUAACCGGAUAUCGAGAUGCGCGAUCCUUCCGCUUCCUCGGCGUGCCCUUUGCGACUCCCCCAAUCGAUGACUUGCGCUUUGCCCCACCGCAAGCCUACACCGGACCAGAGAACAUCGAUGCGACUAGCAUGGCGGAUUCCUGUAUCCAAUCUCCUUCAAGCUUUACGAAUGUGCCUAUUGGUGGAAUGUCCGAGGACUGUCUCUACUUGAACGUCUUUACCCCAUUCCUGCCCCAUAAUGUCACCAAGAACACCGCGCUCCGCCCCGUGGCUGUUUACCUGUACGGGGGUGCAUUUACGAAAGGCACUGCGAGUAUGGUCGAUUAUGACGGUGGAAACUUCGCCAGUCGCAGUGACGUGGUCGUCGUCACGCUUAACUAUCGACUCGGGGCACUGGGCUUUCUAUCGACGGGGAACCUGACAGCUGGGAGUUACGGUAUUCAGGACCAGAUCAUGGCCUUGAAAUGGAUACAAAAGCACAUUUCUGCCUUCGGAGGUGACCCAUCCCAUGUUACCGUCUUCGGACAGUCUUCUGGUGGCCAGAGCGUGGUAGCGCUGCUCUCUUCCACCGCAGCAAAAGGACUCUUCUCCGGUGCGCUGGUACAGUCAGCAAAUUUCGACCUCCCGUGGUUCACUCGAGCUGUUUACGCAAAAUACAUCGCCCCGGAAGUCGGAAAGGCAGUUGGCUGCGACGGCAACGCUUCCGAAGCAAGUCUACUCAACUGUCUUCGUUCCGUCCCGGCUUCAAUGUAUCUGGAUAACUCAACCGAUUUCCAGACUGCGAAAAAGAGCUUCUCAUCGAACAUUGCAAAUCACUUCUACCACAAUACAGAACUGAUAUCCGCCGCCGAGCCAUUCAUGCCGAUGAUCGACGACACCGGAUCAGGCGUAAUCGACGACCAAUUCAACACCCUGCUAGCAAACAACAACCUCCCCAUGAAUGUCCCAACCAUGUUCACCAACGUCCACGACGAGGCAAGCCUUUACAUGGACACUCUCGGCUCGACUCGGGCCCCACUCGCUACAUUGCUAAAUGCCACAUUCGGCGACGGUCUCGCGCAGAAGAUAGUCUCCUCUGGCGCGUACGACGUCGACGAUUCGGACACCGAUGCCGUCCUCAAUGCUGCUUCCGAUGCCCUGACCCACAGUCAGUGGACUUGUCCACAGGGUUAUCUUCUCGAUAAUUCCAAUUCAGCCUUCCCCUCCCUAUACGAGAUCCAAAUAGCAGAUGGUCAUGCGCAGACAUCCAAAAUGCCGGAUAUCUGUUACCCAAAUAGUGUAUACAACGCUUCCUGUCAUACCUCAGAUGUCCUGCUCGCGUGGGGUACACUGAAUACCAAGACGGAAGAUGUGCAUCCAUACUACGAUGAUCGUGAUGUUCUUCACUCGCAGCUCGUCCAUGAUGUGUUUGGUUCGUUUUUCCGCCGCAGGAACCCAAAUCCGGAUUUGGAGUUCUUGAAGGUCCGCGGUCCUGCGUACGCAAGUACCCUUUCUAUAUUUGGUGGGGAGGUCGGUUCGGAUUCCUUGAUUGGGCGUGCUGAGAAGGGGUUUGUUAUUGAGCAGUAUACGCCUCGGGAGCAGAAUAUGACGGUUCUGGGGAUGCCCCCGUCUAGUACGGCUAAUUUUGAGGAGGAUAGUAUUUGUGCAGUGUUGCGUGAUUAUGGGUUUACUUUCCAAAGGGCGCAUCUGUCGGAUUGA